CCCAAGAGGGAGGCUGCCUCCUCGUGGUGGGGCUGGCGCCUUGCGGGCUUCCUUGCCGAGUCGUUCCAUUCGACCAACGACUUCCCGGCGUGUUGCUCCGGCGCUUUGUCCGGCCGGGCAGGGUGGGUUGGUCAGUCCCUCGGGGGGGGGGGGGGUGCCUGUCCUGGACACGCGCCCACAGCUGCUGCUCAGCAUCCGUGGACUCCUCUCGGGAGAAGCCUUCCCAAGGGGUGCCGAACAUCGCUCCUCUGGGGCUGGGAGCAGCGCACCAAGCCGCAGCGGACGCGAGCUCCCGGCAGCGUCCAGGAAGAGGCCCUCCCUGCGCCCCCACGGAAGGCCCUUUGUGCGGAGGAAGGGAGGCGUAGAGGCGAAGGCAUCCUCCGCCGCGGAAGCCUGACAGGGCGGGGUCUCCCUUGCUGGUGCAGCGCACAGAGCAGGCGGCGGGGCUGGGCAAGGCCAUGUGAGGGAGAAGAAGCAGGGCCGCCGAGAAGAUGGCGGAGGAGGAGGAGGAGAAGUGCCAGCGCAAGCUGAACCCCAGAAGCUACAACGUGGGGGCCGCAUCCAGCUUCCUCUCCACGCUGGUGACCUUCCCCAUCUACAAGACCAUCUUCCGCCAGCAGCUGCAUGCCUUCUCCGUGGUGGAGGCCGUGCACCAGCUGCGCCAGGAAGGCCUCCACCACUUCUACCGUGGCGUCUUCCCGCCCCUUCUCUCCAAGACGCUGCAGGGAACUUUGAUGUUUGGCACUUACGAGAGCUUCCUCUGCACCCUCGCCAGCCAGCCUCCUGGGCCUUACUCCCUGGGAGAGCGGGCCACGGCAGGGCUCCUGUCUGGCUUUUUGGAAGCCUUGGCUCUCGGCCCCUUUGAGAGAGUCCAGAACAUCUUGCAGGACGGGCGCAAGGUCUCCAGGUUCCAGACGACCCGCAGCAUCCUGAAGGAAUUCAACUCUUAUGCCGUGCCGGAAAGGCUCACACUGGGUUACUACCGGGGCCUCGGCCUGGUCCUGAUCCGCAAUGGCCUAGGAAGCUCCCUGUAUUUCUCCUUUAAGGAUCCCCUCCGCGAUCGCCUCUCCCAGGGGAACUUACCCCACUGGCUGCCUGCCCUGGUCUCCGGCAGUGUCAAUGGCACGGCCAUUUCCCUCUUACUCUACCCACUCAGUGUCCUCAUCGCCAACAUGCAAGUGCAGGUGGGGCCGCAGGAGACCCUCAGCUUCCAGGCCUCCGUGGCGGCUGUCUGGAGGAGCCAUGGGAAGAAAGUCACCCAGCUGUAUAGGGGCGGGUCCCUCCUUAUUCUCAGGUCCUGCCUCACUUGGGGCCUCACCACAGCCAUACAUGAUUUCCUGCAGCAGCGCAGAGGCUAGGAGAUCCGGCGCAUGCCCUCUGCAAGGCCUGUCUUCCACCCUGCCUGAUGCCUCCAGGGCUGGGUAGAGAUCCUUGCUCCCUGCGCUGGAGAGGGCUCCCACCGAGGACGCUGCCCUCCUCGUCGUCACUGGAGCAAAAGGAAAAGGAAAAUAUAAUGGAGGCAGCCGCAGCAGCAGCAAUAGCGAAUGCAGGGAGGGAAAGACAGAAAGUCUCACAAAAACGAUCUAGACUUUUAGCCACCAAUUUGUUAGGUACAUCAGCAGAGGACGGGGUGAGGCAGUGCAGAAACAAGAUGUGAAAAAGGUUGCCAUGGGACUUUGUGGAGGGCAGCUGAGGCAGCAGAGUCUGCCAGACCCGCCUGCCCUCUCCCAGAAACGAGGCACCAUCCUCAGGAUUCCCACUCAGGAGCAAUUCCUGCUGAACUUUAGUCUGAGUGCUGGACUAGGAGAAGCAGGUGCAAAUCGCUCUUACUAUGUGACUGGGGCCAGUCACUAUUUCUCAGGCUAACCUACCUCACAGGGCUAGGGGGGGAUAAAAUGAUGGGGGUCUCUGCCCUGAGUUCUGGGAAGAUGCACAGGACAGAAAUGCUCACUGCUAAACUGAUGAUGAAUUCAACCAAUGUAUGAUGGUGAACAAAUUGUGAUCGUGGUUACUUGAAGGAAUUAACUGCAGAUAUCUAUGACUGGUGGUGGUUCUGUUAAGUUAUAAAUGGUAA